AUGUUUGAUAAAAAAGAAUAUACAAGUAGCAAGAAAAAAGAUAUAGAAUCUUUUAAAAAAUCAGAUGAUAAUUUAACAACGCAUAACAAUAAAGAAAGUUCAAAUAGCUUUGAGAAAAGUGAAAAUAAUAAUAGUUAUGAUUCUGAAAAAAAAAAAAUCUAUAAUAAUAUAGAAAGUAAUAAAGAGAAUUUUAAAUUACAAAGAGAAACAGAAUAUAACAAUAACGAAAAUAAAGAUUUUUUUUAUGAUAGUAGUAUUAAUAACAAAAGUAUAAACACAAGAAAAUUUCAAUCAUUAAAUAGAAAUACCAGUGAAUUUUUUCAGAGUAGUGAUGAAAUAAGUAGUAAUAUAAGUGCUAAUAUUAAAAAGGCAAAUAGCAAAAUUAAUAAUAAAUUUAAAAUAAGUACUAAUAUAGAAGAAGACAGAAAAGAAAAAAAAAAUUAUAAAAUAAAUAAUUUUAGUGAACUACAAAAUAAUAUAUAUGAAAGAAGUUUAAAUAAUUCACUAAAUUUAACGAGAAACGAAAUAAUUUAUUAUUGCGAAAAUAACAAAAUGAAUAAACAUUUUUCUGAAUCAGUAAACAAAAAUAACUUAAAAUUAAAUAUGAAUAAUAAUAUAUAUAACGAUGAUAUAUUUUAUAAAACUAAAAAAAUGAGUAAUGAUAGAAACAAAGCACAUAAGAAGUCUACUUUCGGAUGUAAUUUAAAAAAAGCAAAUAAUAAUGAUUAUGAAAAUGAUAAUAUUAUAUUUAGUCAAGGAGCAAAAAAAUCAUUCGAUAUAAAUGAGAAAUGUAUGAACAAUAAUACUAAAAUUAAAAUAAAAAGAUUAUGUGAAAAAAUUGAAGGCUUUGAAAAGGAAAUAAAAAAUGAAAUAUUACAAAAAAAAAAUGUAGAAAAAGAAAAAAUUUAUAUAAUAAGAGAAGCUAUUAAUAAAUUAGAAAAAAAUUUAAAUAAUGAAAUUAAAAAGAGAAUUGAACAUAAUAGAAAUAUUCAAAAUAUAUUUUCUUCUGAAAUUUUAAAAGUACAAGAAAAAAUUGAAAAUGUUGUUAAUGAUAAGGUAAAUGAAAUUGAAAACGCUAUAAAAGUUUUAAAUGAUAAAAUAAAUACAAUUAGUGUUAAUAUUGAGAAUGAAAAAAUAAAAUGCAUUCAAAAUUUAGAAAAAAAAAAUAAUAAUAUAGCAAAAGAAUUUUCUAACUUACAAUCAUCCUUUCAACAAGAUAAAAUAAACAAUAAGGAAAAAGAAAAUAAUAUUUGUAAAAAGCUAGAAGAAAUAGAAAAGAAAUCAGAAAGUAAAAUUGAAAUAGAAAAGAAUAUUCGUGAUAGUAAAUAUCAAGAAAUAAUAUCUUAUAUAGAAGAGAUAAAAAGAGAAAAAAAAAGUAAAAAUGAAAAUUUUCAAAAUUUUGUAUUAGAAGAAAUAGCAACAGUAAAAAAUGGAUUGAUUUUAGAGUCACAAGCAAGAGAAUCAGCUGAUGAUGAUAUUGUUCAAGCAGUAAAUCAUUAUACUAAAGCAUUACAGGAUUCUCUUAGACUUAUUAAUUCAAAUUAA